AGUCCAGUGCAGUCUGGACAUAUGAUCUGUACGGCCCAUGACAGUGAGGACACAAUGGAAUCAGUGCUACAACAGCUGACCCGUGGGAAUGUUCUGCUCCUCAUCAUUAUUUUGGGGUUUAGUGGAAGCUUUCAACAGGGAUACCAAACCACUGGACUCAGUUCUCCCUCACCGUUCAUACAGCGCUUCAUCAACAGCAGCUGGUAUGAAAGAUACGGAGAGCCCCCCCCUACACAGACCAUCACCAUGAUCUGGUCCCUCAUUGUCUCCCUGUAUGCGGUUGGAGGACUAUGUGGAGCUAUGAGUGUCAAAUUUAUCACAGGCACACUGGGAAGGAAAAAGGCAAUGAUCUUCAGCAGCUGUACAAACAUCGUUGCAGCGACCAUCAUGCUGACGAGUAAAGUUGCCAAAUCAUAUGAAAUGAUUAUCUUGGCAAGGAUCGUGUAUGGCUUCACUUCAGGUUUAACAGCAAGCACCCAUUUAAUGUACCUGGGGGAGAUUUCUCCCAGGAGGUUAACAGGCAUAGUGACUCUUACCUACUCCACUUUCUUGUCACUUGGCAAACUGUCAGGGCAGUUAUUUGGACUAAGUGAGAUCCUCGGCCGUGAGGAGCUGUGGAACAUCCUCCUCUCGGUCCCCACAGUUUUCUCAGUGGUUCAGAUUAUAGUUUUGCCUUUUCUUCCUGAGGCUCCCAGAUACUUAUUCAUAGAGAAAGGUGAUGAUAAAGCCUGCAAAAAAGCUCUGCAGAGUCUGUGGGGUCAAGGUGACUAUAAAGAGGAGAUGGAAGAGAUGCUGGCAGAGCAGGAGGCCGUUAAGAGAGCACCACCGAAAACCCCUCUGCAGCUACUGAGGGACAGGACUGUCCGAUGGCAGCUUAUCAUCAUACUCAUCAUCUACUUCUGCAACCAGUUGUCAGGAAUGUCUGCCAUCAACAUCUUCUCCUUUGACAUCUUCUUGAAGGCGGGUAUACAGAAAGACCAGAUCCGCUAUGUAACCUUGGGUCUUGGAUUCACUGAAAUUCUCACCUUCAUCUCCUGUGGCAUGGUUAUGGAGCGUGCAGGGAGCAGGGUGUUGUUCUGGUCUGGUUAUGGUCUCAUGGCUGCCUGCUGGGUGUUUGCCACAGUCACACUCACUCUGAAGGAUUCCAGCGAUUGGGUUCCAUUCAUUACUCCUGCUCUGAUCUUCCUCUUAAUCAUCUUCUAUAGUGGAGGACCUUCGGGAUCGACGAUGGCUCUCACCAAUGAGAUCUUCAUCCAGUCCGAUCGAAUCGCAGCGGUUGUAUUGACGGGGAUGGAGCGCUGGUUCUUCUUUGCUUUUGUAGGCCUUGUCUUUCCAUUCAUUAUUAGUGCCGUGGACUCGUACUGCUUUGUGCUGUUUGCCUGCAUUUGCCUGCUGGGUUGUGUUUUUACCUUCAUUUUCCUGCCUGAGACUAAAGGGAAGACCCUACUGGAAAUCUCCAAGGAAUUUAGAGCCAUCACAUUCUGUGGGAAAUCCUUCUUAGAGGAAAAAGUGAUGGAGACCAAGUUAUGAAGAAGUCCACACAAGCAAUUAUUUUUAGCUAAUAUGAGACUGUUAGACUACAUGGACAAUAUUUACUUUGUGAAGUAUUUAAACCUAACUUCAAAAACAUUGAUAAAUGAACACUGAACAUUGUAUACUACUGAAGGGUAAAGCUGUACAGCUGAAUGAGACCACAUCAGCUGUGACAGACAGUCAACAACAAAUUAUAAAACCUGAUCUCCCAGUUAAAGACAGAAGAAAACCCCACACACUGCACACCUUACUCAGCAACACAAUUUAUUGAUCAAAUAUAAAUCUUCUGGUCUCAAUGGACCUUCGUCACAAGUAUUUUUCUUUUACAAGACUGCAGUUAUAAUUCCUCCAAUGAACCUGCAUCCAAGAUAUUUACUUCUGUGAUUACAUUUUUGAAACAAAAACCAGAUGGAAAAUAUUGUGAUCAGAUAUUUGUGUGAUUUCUGACUGACUGCAACUUAUGUAACGUAAUUAUUAGCGUCCAAGCUUAUAUGCUAACACUGGCUACCUAAUGAAUCAAGCAUGCUUUAGGUAGCCAUAGUUGGAUUCAACUGAAAAUGCAUACCUUUUUGCUGUAACAAUGCUGUGUGAACUGUCACUGUCUUUUAAACGUAGUGAGGGUGGGUAAUCUUCCAGGGAUGGACUCACAUCCAUUAAAGGUCACAUGUAUCACACUCCUUUUCAACAAGUUUACAGAAUCACAGAGCUCCCUAAAACAUGUCUGUGAAGUUUCUUGCUAAAUAUCCACUCUGAUCCUGUAUUUCAUCAUGCAUAUAAACCUCUCUAUUUCAGCCCUGCUCUGAACAGGCUGUUUCUGUGUCUGUAGCUUUAAAUGCUAAUGAGCUGGCUUUGACCACGCCCCUCUUGGCCGGGGUUUUCUCACUCCAUGUCCUAUUGUUUACGGUGAAAAGGCAGACAUAGAGGGCAGAAGAAACACAUAGCUGGGGG